AUGUACCAAUUCAUUGCGUCUGGUGGUGGAGAUGGCACCAUUGCGCUAUCGCAUGCCUCUGGGGCUCUGCUCGGCACGCUGGUGUCCGACCCUGCUGGAGGCGCGGUCCUCGCUCUUGCCUUCUCGGCCGGCUCGCGGUAUGUGGUGGCUGGUGGCAUGGCACGGUCGGUCCAGGUGUGGGACCUGAAGACCAGAAGCAUGGUCAAGAGCUUUGACGAUGGCCAUGCCCAGCAAGUCACCCGUAUUGUGUUCACCCCGUCAGACAAGGCUGUGGUGUCGGGCGAUGCUGCCGGUGUCCUCCUUGUCCACUCGCUCGUUCACUCGCGCGAGAUGGCCCGCCUCGAGCCGCCGAGCCCGGCUGCUAUCACUGACAUAGGCUUCUCGCCGUUCAAAAAGUCACUGCUGGCGGCGACGCAUGACGAUGGCUCGUUCCGACUGUGGAACGUGAGCUCGGGCGCGGAGCAUGCCGUCUUUCCGGCGGCGCACGAUGGACCGGCAUCGGGCCUUGCCUUCUCACCGGUCAACCACCUGCUCUGCACCACAGUGGGACAUGAUAAGCGCAUUGUGUUCUACGAUGUGUUUGAGAAGAAGAUCGUCAAGGUCAUCCACGCCCCGGUCCCGCUCUCGUGCAUCGCCUUUCUCGACGACGGCUUUACCCUCGUCGUCGGGACGACUGCCGGCUCUGUCCUCGUCUACAACCUCAAGGCCCGCUCGUCGGCACCGGCCACCACACUCCAAGCCCAUCCUGGGAGCUCUGUUGCUGCCAUUGACGUCGAGAACACGGUGUCGGGCAAGCGGAGCAGCGCGCGGCCCGGGGCUAGCGCCGGCGCCAGCGCGGCUCUGACUGCCGGCGGUGCCUCUGCCGGCCCUGCCACCGCGCCGGUUGCGUCCUCUGCGCCGCCGCCGGCUGCCCGUCGCGAGAGGGCGUCGCCGGCGCGGACGUCGGCGUACUCGGCGUAUGCCAACAUGGACAUGUUCUCGCCGCUCAAGGGCUCGGCGGCGCCGCGCGGAGCACGGACCUCACACUCGCCGCCGCGGCACGCUGGCUUGCCGCCGAGCCGGGCCGCUGUCGAACCACGGUCUCCACCUCACUCGCCGCCGCGCUCUCCGUCUGCUCCUGGCUCCCGUGGCAUGCCGAGCACCUACACCGCGGCCGCAUCCAAGAUCCAGAACGCGCUGCAGUCGUACGCGUCGCCGGCCCGUGCACCUGAGGACGUCCCGGCGUCAGAGGCGUACGGCUACACCUCGCCAAGCUCGAGCCUGAACCUCCACGUCGACAUGCUGCGGCAGUUUCAGGUCCAGCAGGCCGAGAUUGUGGCGCUGCUGGAAAAAUACUCGUCGCGCGGCGCUGCAGCUGCCGCCGAGCCUGUGGCUUCCACAGCACCGCCGCCAUCAUCGGCUGUAGCCUCGUUUUUCCGCACCGUCUCUCAGCAGUGA